AUGAGGAGGAGAGAGUCGAUAAUACGACAAUCGCGGGCUGAUAUUGCUCAACUCCCUAUGUAUGGCCACCAUGACAAUGCUUUUGCUAGGGCUGAGCAACUGUACAAUGACCAGUGUGUAUUAUCUGCAUAUGGUCAAAUCGACAACUUCUUUGAUUUCCUCCAUUCCAACCUAUGCAAUAUUAGCAGACAGAGCAGUAAACUAAGUGAUGAAGCGAAUGAAGUUGUGUCUAGUUUGGUGUUUGCUGCCUCAAGAUGUGGUGAAUUGCCAGAGCUUCGUCAGAGGAGAACUCUGUUCAAACAGCGUUUUGAUGAUGAAUUUGAGAGGAACAAUGUGGAACUUCAACUGGGGAACUCUGUGAAUUCUCAGAUGAAACACAACCUAGGUGAAAAGUCAGUGCCAGAUGAUAUGAAACUCCAAUUGACAUGCAACAUAGCUAGAGAGUACACACUCAGCUUGGAGCCUCCAACUCAUGAGCAGAACUUCGUGCCACAAUGCCAGCAGGUGGGUUUAUUUGUAGGUUUUUUUGAGAAAAAUUGUGAAACAAGAAAAAAAGAUCAAUAUUUCGAUUUGGUAAUUCAAGACAGUGAUCAAAUGCCAACAUCAAAAAUGAAGGAUAUGUUAUGGAAAAUUGGAUCAAGAUUUUCUUCCACCAAUUCUAAGAGCCUGGUGACCUUUCCUUGUGAUUCUUAUGAUAGUUCAUCAAAUAGGACCACACUAGAUAGUUCACCUCCAAUUCAAGACACAGCCAUUGCCUACCUUGAUGACAUGGAAAAUCAGUUAUCAAACAAAGAAGAUUUCAGAGGCAAGAAUGAAAUUAAUGGUUUGGAUUCAUGGGAUAGAAAUGUAAGGUCUAAAAGUUUCGUGAAGAAGAGUUUAGCACAGAAAAGCAAUGCCUUGAUCAAGAAAGAUGCAGCGUGCGAUGGAUUGCUUCGUGAGAACAAAGUGAAUUAUCAAAACAUGAUAGUCAAGGGAGAGAUUUCAAUGCACAAUUCUUGUAGUUCGUGCCAUGAUCAUCAGGAGGAAAUAGAAGAAAAUGAAGAGUCCAAGCCUCGGUUGAGCUAUUUUCACCCAAAGCUUCCAGACUAUGAUGAAUUAGUAGCCACAUUCACAGAGUACAAGAAAGAGUAUGUGAAGAACAAUUCAAGUAACAGAACAUUUUGCAAGUGCAAAGUGAAUUAUCAUAACAUGAUAGUCAAGGGAGAGAUUUCAAUGCACAAUUCUUGUAGUUCGUGCCAUGAUCAUCAAGAGGAAACAGAAGAAGAUGAAGAGUCCAACCCUCAGUUGAGCUAUGUUCACCCAAAGCUAGACUAUGAUGAAUUAGUAGCCACAUUCACAGAUUACAAGAAAGAGUAUGUGAAGAACAAUUCAAGUAACAGAACAUUUUGA